ACCCCACCAGCAGCUCUACUUAUAUCCCUGAGAACGCCAUAGUUUCAACGCCACACACCGACGACUUCAGUGAAACGUGUUCCUCAAACCCGCUCCGAGAGUAGAUAGAACGUGCAAUAGCUAGAGUAGCUGGGGUUAUCUUCGACGAGCCUUUCGAAAACCAAUAUCUCCAUUGGAUUAGUGCUACCAGGGGACGACUCACGUCAUGGCGUUACCGGCGUUUCCUUCAGCUCUUAUUCCUCUCCCUUAUCCUCUCCACAAUCCACUCUCCAUGCGCCCUCGGGUUCUUUAAUCGUGGCCGGAUCCUCAUUCCGCCGCCGCACCAGCAGCACGCGCGCUUUAGAGACCUCAAGAUCGGCCGCUCGAAGCUCCCGCUGAGCCCGUUCGAGUCCCAGGCAAAAAACGCGACCGAAUUUCAGCUGAACGUCGCGAAUCACGCGAGGGUUUCGCCUGUGGAUAAGGCGGCGCUGCGGGAUGCUAAGAAGCGAAUAGAAUCCGAGGCGCGCACGAAACCACCUUCGGAAGCUUCCUCCAUCGCAUGUCCAUCCGCGGCGCGGACCCCGAGAAGGAGUAUAAACGCUUCUCGAGCCGCGUAGAGACCAUGAAGGAGAACGACUACCAGAUUUACUACUAUGGCGGCGCGGUGCUGACGCAGCCGAUUAAUCUCUACAUCAUCUACUACGGCACGUGGUACCAGUCGGAAGUUAACAUCGUGGAGACUUUCAUAAGAUCCGUCUCCUCAACCUCGUACUCCUCGGAUUACGCCACGGUGCGGGGAUGGUGGAAGAUGAUAGCAUCGCGCUACUAUCAGAUAUCUCAGGGAAAGUACUCCUACAUCACUCCCAAGAUAACGCUGGCAGGGACAGCAUAUGACAAGUACUCCAGCUCGAGCAUCGUUGGAGCUAUUGAGAAGCAGAUCAUGACAACCAAGCGCUUCCCCUUGGAUCCGAACGGGAUCUACAUGGUGCUCUCCAGUGCCGAUGUUACGGUUACCAUUGGCGGGGACGCCUUCUGCGACAAGUACUGUGGACUCCGGACUGCGUUCACUGGGAUAAAGAACGGUGUCAGGAGGCUGUACCAGUAUAUUCACGUUGGCAACCCUAUUCGGCAGUGCCCGGACUCUUCCUGCGUUCUCGGACAGAGCGAAUACUAUUACAAAACGCCAAAUGGGAACUGGGGUGUGGACAGCAUGAUAGCAACAAUCGGCCACGAGUUGGCAGAAGCAGCCACGGAGCCUGACUUGGAGAAAGGUUGGCAUGACGAGACGGGGAUGGAGGUCGGAGACAAGUGCUCUGCUGACCUUAGUGCCAAAGUUUGGGUGGCAAAUAAGGACACAAAGAACAGCUACAUAUUUAAUACAGUCGGGUCGAAUGGCGUGAGGUUCUUGCAGGAGGCAAUCUGGAACUACUCACCCAAGAGUUGUGUUGUGCAGUGAAGGAUAGGAGGGAUUAGUGCAGGGCUGUGCCUCCGGCAUCUGUAUUUGUAGUAUUUGUAUGCCGGGAAUAAUGCUAUUAUUCUGGG